UAUCUGCCUUUUUUUCGUGUAGGCAUAUUCAGUCCUGUCUCCAUGGAAAAACUACCAGGAGAAGAAAGAUUGUUGAUUGUUUUUAUGGUACAAUAUUUAGCUUGGUUACUGUCAUUGCUCAGCGAGCCUAUAGGCUAAGAUAUAACUCUGCCAUUUAUCCAUACAGAAAUUAAGAUAAGAGUAGGCCUAAAUGUCAUCUAUAAAAUGGUUGUUUAUUUAAGGGCCUCUAUAGGCUACAAAGUAUAACUUUCUUUACGUUUGCAAUGUUAAUAUUUGUAAUAAUACAAACUACUACUUGCUUUUAAAAACAAUUUUAGUAGUAGGUCUAUGCUCAGCUAUAGCCACUUGGCACACCAUUCAUGGAAUCCACUGAGCUACAUAAAAAAAAGGGCUCACCGGCGUGAGGGCUGAGUGGAAUACAGCGCAGGUAUCGAGGUGGACUACGUCAAAAAGUAGCAGUUGGAUUCCGCUUAUCCGUCAAGAAGGGAGACAGGAUAACAGUUGACAAAAAUGUACAUGUUAAUUCAGUGGAUCGAGGACCCCCCUACAUGGGAUGUGCUACCACAAACUAAAGUUGUUAACGGCUUAUGCGAAGUGGGCUACAUAUGUGAUGUACAGUAUCGGGAUGAGACCAGCCCCGCUAAGAUUAUCCAGAAAGGGAGUAGAACUAAAUUAAUGAAGGCCUUGGAAGCACUGGAGAGGGGGUGCAGAAAUGCAGCUACUGGCACAGAAGAACGUGGCCGUGGUCUCAGAGAGAAACGCCCCCCAGCUCAGUUUUCACCUGCCAGCAGUGAGGAACAUGAGGAGGACACAAAUCCAAAACUAAAGGGGAAAAAGAAUUUAACAAAGGCUCUGUCUCUGCAGUUUUUAAAUGAAUAUGAAGAGAGUGAGCCGGGAUACUCCAGAGAUGUGAACCCAGCCGCCGAUAGCAGCAUAGCUAACCAGCUUAAUGAGAUGCGAUGUCUGCUUUUAGAGAUGCGGGAGAAAAUAAUCAACCUGGAGCGUACUGUGAGAGAUCAAAUUACUCAGCCAGCGUCAUCCACAUUAUCAAGAUCAUCACCCUUAUUACCAUCAUCAUCAUCCCCAUCACCACCCUCAAGAACAACAUCAUCAUCACCACCACCCUCAAGAACAACAUCAUCAACAUCACCACCCUCACCAGUCCAGAUUCACAUAGGCCCUACAGUGAAGAUCACGGCCACCCAGUAUGCCCACAUCAAGUGGAGUGACCCUAGAAAGGCCACCAAGGACUUGUUGAUGGCAGUGUUUGGGAGGCAGGUCCUGGCCACACAUUCAUAUACGGGGAAGCUGUCUAAUGCCUUUCUGGGAAGACAGCCCAAGCCCCAGCUUAAUUCUGCAAAGACGUCGGACAUACUAAACUAUAUCACCAACAAAUUUGGGGUGGACCCUGCCCUGGUCAAGCAAGCCAUUUCACAGAAAUGCGCUGACGAAGCAAAGUUGGCCAGAAGGCGCUCCAAGUGAACGUGUACACACACACACACACACACAUGCUCACUCACAUACACAUACACACACUCACUCACACACACUCACAUCUGAUUUUUUUAAAAAUGUAUUGAUAUAAUAAAUGUUAUUUACUUAUGACCAUCCA